CUCUCCUACCAUGGACGCCGCUGUGAACGCGAUAACGUCGCAUACAGCUGUGUUCGUGGUGAAUGCGAGCGUCUCAGCCGCCAACAUGUCUGGCUUGCCUGGGGUGCCCGCGGUGUCCCUGGCGGUCCAGUGUGUGCAGGACAAACUCAAAAACACCAAAUAUCGACAGCGAACUUGUGUCAUAUUCGUAGAAGGAAUGUCUUCGACUAGCGGCAAAGACAGGGACCUUCCCCCGCCAGUCAACGAGUGUGUUGUUCUCCUUGAAGAAAUCGUCACCGAACUCGACAGUUUCUCUCGGUACUCACGAUUGAAGCUCAUCUUGAAGGACGAAGAUAUCAAAGAUCAGCUGAAGAAUCUCGAAAAGAAGUUGCAGGCAGAAAUUGAAUCAUUCAAUAUGCGCACAGGCGCGAAAUCGGCUGCAAUUAAAACUAUGCAAGCUCUUCACCAGGCUGCCGAGAUGACGGAAGAUUUGCAGUCACUCAAGUUUUUGGUACAAGAGAUGACGGAUCCGCAGAAAGGAAAGCAGCGAUCGUCUGGUGAAUCCCAGGAACUAUUAAACCGAGGUCACCAAGCUGUGGAGCUGCUGACAGAGGCAUCGCUCCUGCCCGACAGCGAGCUUAACGUAGAUGGCGUAGGGAUGACUCGUUCCCAGCUCAAUCAGCUUUACAACGACGUCGUCGGAGCCGUCAAUCAACUCUGGUUGCAGACCGGCAUGCGGCCGCAGGAGAUAAAGCUGCGCAGUGCCUUGCACAUUCCAAAGAACUACCGAGGGGACAGAUCCCCGGUGCUUGCCAAUCAGUGGGCCACCAUAUAUAUUGGAUCUUAUUUGGACCGAAAGGUAGCCGUCAAGGAGUUCCGGAGCUUUGCCAACAAUGCCGAAAAGGCAAAAAAACACUUCGUAAAUGGCGUUAAGACCUGGUCUUUUCUCAAACACGACCACGUUCACACCAUCAUUGGUAUGGACGACACGGUCCUCUCGUACAUUGCCCUAGUCUCGAUUUGGGAAGAGAAUGGGGAUAUCAUGAAGUAUACAAAGGAGAAUCCCGGAGUCGAUCUGUAUCACUUGCUCGCUGGCGCUGCCGACGGUAUGGCUUAUCUACACGGGAAGAACGUCAUUCACGGAAAUCUGAAGGGCGCCAACAUCUUGGUAUCGAGCAACGGCGAGGCUCUUAUCACCGACUUCGGUCUGGCGAAGGUGCUCCUCGACGCCGCCAAAGACUGCAACUUGUCUGCGCAGACGGUGACUCGCGGACCCGUUCCCCGUUGGUCUGCACCCGAACUUUUUAUGGCACGUCCGCCUGACAUUAAGAGCGACGUGUGGUCAUUCGGCAUGGUCAUGCUCGAGGUCUCCACGGGUGACGUGCCCUUCCCGAAGAUGCGGCGCGACGUCCAGAUUAUCCAUGCGAUCUCGAACAGAGGAGAGAGACCUGAAAGACCAGAGAACAAUGAUUGGGUCACCGAGGACAUCUGGACUGUCAUGCAAUCAUGCUGGCAAACGGAUCCCGAUGAUCGCACCGAUCUCACAGAGGUGCAGGCCGCUUUGGAGCAAGCAGAACAAGUACGCCAAGACAGGCCUCGAGAGCCGGCCAAAACCAGCGCUAUCAUGCGAUCCGUCCUCGGAUUGGAGGCAAAUAGGGAUUAUGGGGACGGCCUGGUACCGGUGGAGCUGUGAUAGUCAAUUUCUCUAUUACCCUCGCUCGAUUGCUCUCCCUGCUAUUGUGACAUUUGCUUUGUUCUGUUCGUCCAUCUCCACAUUGCGUUAUAUCUGCAGUCACCUUGCAUUUUCU